CUAGGGUUUCUCUACUCGUUCGUUCUCGAGUCAGCGGCGGAUCGUGAGACAGCCGGCGAAGAUGAAGACCAUCCUGUCCUCGCAGACGAUGGAUAUCCCUGAGGGCGUCACUAUGAAGGUGAAUGCUAAGAUCGUGGAGGUGGAGGGCCCGCGUGGCAAGCUCACCCGCGACUUCAAGCAUCUCAAUCUCGACUUCGAGCUCAUUGAGGGCGGGAAGAAGCUGAAGGUGGACGCUUGGUUCGGAUCUCGGAAGACUACGGCCUCCAUCCGCACCUCCUUAAGCCACAUCGAUAACCUGAUCACGGGGGUCACAAAGGGGUACCGCUACAAAAUGUGGUUGGUCUAUGCCCACUUUCCCAUCAACGCCUCCAUCACUCCCAACAACAGCUGCAUUGAGAUCAGGAACUUCCUUGGGGAGAAAAAGAUUUUUGGAGGAGCAAAAAAGGUGAAUGUAAGUCAUGUGAUUCACGAUUUGUCUUUUGGACCAAAGUAUCCAGGGAUCCAUAAUCCUCUUGAUGGAACUGCAAGGAUACUAGAUGAUACAAGUGGAACGUUCAAGUAUUAUAUAAAGGUUGUUUCUGCCCUUUCAUCUAAUUGCAGGAUUAUUAACCUGCAUUAG